CGAAGAAAACAAAGCAUUAGCAUUGGAUCUGACAAGUGAACACUGAACAGUGAACACUCUGUUAUUCUGCCAUGGAAGCUCAUCUCAGAAUCUUCAACCCCUCCAUUUUGGGUCGCCGCUUACUCCCCAAAGCUACUCCAUACCCUUCCACUUCCUACCAACUCGUCCCUCGCAGGAGGAUACUACCCAUCUCCUCCACUCUCUCCCGCUCUUCGCAACCACCGUUUCCUCCAAUUUCGGAUCCCCGCAGGUUCUUCUCCUCCCUCACCUCUUCCCAGAAUCUCAACUUUUCCAUCCCCAACGGAAAUAAUCUCAACCCCUUCCAUUCCCAUUCCCAAGGUGGCGGCGAGACCGUGUGGAACCCGGCUUCGGAGAACGGCGGCGAUGUGGGGUUUUACGGAGGCAAAGACCGGGUUGCCACGGUGGUUCUGCUGGGGUGGCUUGGAGCGCAGACCAAGCACCUCAAGAGGUACGUGGAGUGGUACAAUUCGAGGGGCUUUCACGCUGUCACAUUCAUCGUUGAUGUGAAGGAGCUGCUUCGAUUUGACCUUGGCGACAUGCUUGAGCAGAGAAUUUCUAUGUUCGCCGACAACCUCAUUUCCUGGGUUUCUAGCGAGGAACACGAUGGGAGAGAACGGUGUUUGAUUUUUCACACUUUCAGCAAUACGGGUUGGUUUACCUAUGGUUCCAUUCUUGCCAGAAUGCUAGGUAGCCAGGACCUCAUGGAGAAGAUUAAAGGAUGCAUUGUUGAUUCUGGAGGGGGAGAGCCUUUUAAUCCACAGGUCUGGGCUGCUGGUUUCUCUGCAGCUAUAUUGAAGAAACGCAGCUCUUCAGCCCAAGCUGCAGUCGAGGUAGGAAACAAGCUUGAAAAAGAGACUGAAAUCAACUUGUCAAAGAUUCAACAAAAUGAACCUUCCCCAAUUGAAACAGUGGUCUUGUCACUAUUAGAGAAGUUGUUUUCAUUUGGUUUGCAGUUGCCGGAUGUUAAGCAGAGAUUAACGAAGGUUGUGAAUGUCCUCUUAGAUCACCAGCCUUGCCCGCAGCUCUACCUGUAUAGUACAGGUGACAAAGUAGUCCCAUUUCAAUCAAUAGAAGCGUUCAUUGCGGAGCAGAGGAAGAGAGGAAAGAGGGUAAGAUCCUUUAAUUUUGGCUCAUCUCCUCAUGUGGAUCACUACAGGACAUUCCCGGAGAUAUAUUUAUCACAGCUUACUGAGUUCUUGAACGAGUGUUAUGCCACAGGCAAAAAGACCACUUGCGUUUCUUAAGUUUCAGUCACUUUCGAGUGUAAAAUUAUUGCAUUUAUAACAUGGCUUCAGUUUUCCGAGGGACAAGCCCUUCCCAAUCACAAGAUAAAUGAAUAAUGACAAUAUAUAGACCGUUGACACAAGCACGUACGUGUAAGAGAAUACCAAACAAAAAUUCAAUCA